AUGUUCCCCAGCACGUUCUCAAUGGGAUUCAUCGGUAUCUGGUCAAUGUUGGAGCAAGUGGAUCCUCGUGUCGUUCGCAACGUACUCAGGAGCUCGGGAAUUGUAGUCAUCUACAAGUGUAUCAAACUACCAAGCCUUACAAGCUCGGAUUACACAUAUGACACCGUCGAGCUUGUAAUCUGGACAGUUGUGGAAGGCAGUAUAAUCAUCAUAGCUGCAUGCAUCCCUGUCCUGCAACCCCUCGGCGAACUACUAUUUGGCAAACGCAUCUUCUCGUCAGGCAACGGCAAAUACUUGUCUGGAAACUCCAAAUCGAGACUCAGUGGCAAGUUGGGGACGAACAAGGGACUUUUCCGAACUCCUGUCAAGAAGGCUUCUCAAGAGGGAUUCGACGCGGAUAGUUUCAACAGCAUUGCCAAGACGACCGUUGUUGGAAGAGGAAGUCAAGAGAGCAUCCUCGAGCAGCAUGAAUCUGAUGGGAAAAUUGUACGAACAGAUGCUUUCACCGUCACUAUCGAGAUGAGCAAGACAGAUAGGCGCUGA